AUGGCUCACAUGAUCGUGCAACAUUUUUUGCAUUACCAUUUACCAGUGAAAUUAGCAGAACUAAGAAUGCUUCUAUGUCCAAGAGGAGGGCUUAGCAAGCGAUCUAGUAGCUUGUUUUAUCAAAAUGUGGUUCGUCUCAUAAGCUCUAAGGAGAAUACUACACCAGCAGAUCCCAUCCAAUCUGUCAGUCCCAUGAAAUCAGCUGAUCCCAUUACAUCAGCCUUAGAAGCCUCCUAA